UUUUUCAUCGACUAGCAUGAGAGGCACACGUGUGAGCUGAGAUUACACGCUAUAGAGCAUGCAACUGUGUGGACUGUGCGCUCACGCUAUAUCGUUGAUUUUCGGUGGCUAAUUCGCUGGUUGGCUGACUGACUGCCUUAGUGUCCGCUUUGUAGAUUCGCUCGUUCACUCGUUUGUUGCCUCAUUCGCUCGUUUAUGUGGUUUGUACACCUUUUGGGCACCAACCGCACCACUCCACUCCAACACACUCCACAUCACAGCACACAAAAUAAUAGUCGAGUUCGAGACGUGAUAUUUUUUGUUUUCGACCAAGGAAACAAAUUCACAAGAAUUUUUCCUCAAAUAAAAUAUACAAGAAAUCAAAUAUUUCCACAUGAAAUAUGCCACGCAACAUUGCGGCAGUGAGCCAGUGAUUUAGCUGCAAAUAUUUAGCAAUUACAACAAACGCAAAGCAGAGACGAAAAACGAGAAUAAAUUAUUUGUGUUGAUUUAUGUGAAAUAUUUAAAAAAUUGGAAAAUUUUUGUUGUGCUUUAAAAGUAUUGAAUUGUGUCUGUUUCCAAUUGUGUGCAAUCAUUUGGAGUUUGUGAUUUUUCAUAAAUAUUUACAAACAUUUUAUUAAAAUUAAAGCAAACGUUUUGUUGGCGAUUGCAGAAGGCGCGCGUGGCUGCCACACAUUCGAGUGUAAAAUAUAAAAUAACAAAUUAAAAAAAAAAUAAAAGAAUAAUAUAUACACUGUAAUGUAUCCGUGUACAACGCGUUUAACGCCAAUGUUGUUGUUGUUAUUGUUGUGCCGCAGUGCAAAUUCGCCAACAACAGAAUGCCAACAGUGUUUUGUGUAAAAGACGCGCGGCGCGCGCUUCUCGUCUCUUCCCAUUCCCGUGUCAUUGUGUUGGUGCAGUGAUGUGAGUUGUUAUUGCCAACCAGUAUACACAAAUACACACACAUAUGCAGUAAAACAUAGCUACAUAGCUACGUUGCAAUUUCAAUGCAGCAGCGCGCAUAACAACAAUAAAAACGAAUUUAAAAAAUUCAUAAAAUUUCCACAACUCAAAGUGGUGGCACAGCAAACGAUUGCAAAUAUUGAAAAAACAUACGGAAAGUGUUAGACAAGUGUGCGGAAAGUGACCAAAAAUAAAAGAAAUUUACGAAAACAACAACGGUUUGUUGCAGUCGCAGCGAAAAAAUUGAAAUUAUUAAAUUAACCGGAAAUGAAAAGAAAUUAAAUCAGUGAAUUUAUGUGCCAAUACUCACACCAAUACAUACACAAAAAGCAAUUUAUUUAGUAUAUAAUAAAAAAAUAAUACAAAUUCCCAAACACAUAUACACAUGCACGCAUAGCAUAGACAUGCAAUCAAAUGAAGUGGUAGUGCUUUGCAAAAAUUAUGAUUUCCUUAUGUUUUUGCUAUGAGUCAAUAUAAUCCUGAAACUGUCACAUAAACCGGCAGCCAACCAGACAACUAGACAACCAGGCAAUCAGACAAACAGCAACACAGCAACAGCGGUCUCCAUAGACGUUUAUUAGUGAACCGAAAUGCUGAAAUAGCCAGCCACUUGAGUGCCAAAUAGACGCGAAGAAAUGUAAUUAUUGGCCAGCUUGCCUUGCCAGCUGCUGACAAAAAGCGAUAACAACAACAAUGCAACAAUAACCAAACCAUACAGCAGUUGCAGCCACAACUACAACAAGCAGCAGUAAACUCAACAAAGUCGAUGUCAACCAUAUUAAUGCCUACAACAACAACUUCAACAAGCUAACUUCAAUCAAAGGCGUGUUAUGCCAGUUCAACAUCAACAAUUGCCGCGUACCAAACCGCCCAACUGAAUGCCACAAAUGCUAUUUAAAGCUGAUGUUUAUGUUAAAGAACGAAAAGAGGAAACAAUUAUUGCCAAGUUUUAAAUGCGCAAUACAAAUACAACAAGUGCCAUACACAAACAAAGAAACGCAGCUAAAACGUAACACCACGUAACAUAACGUAACGUAACGCAACGAAUUCCGUCCAAUCAUACUGAGAUUCUUAGUGCCUUUUUACAAACAAAACAAAAUUAAACAACAAAAGUAUAAUAUAAAAAAAAACAAAAAAAAGUUUUAAACAACAAUCGACAUAUGAUAUAUUUCUAAGAAAAAAUACAAUUAAUAACAUUAACAUAGUUAAGAAAAGAGCUUCCAAAAGUUUAACGCAAAACUUAGUAGUAAGAUUAAAGCACACCUAAAUUGAUAAACAUACAUUUAAGAUUUUACGUUUUAAACAUAUAUUACAAGACAUGCCUAGGAUUUCAUAAAAGCACAACAGAAAAGCUUUUACGCAUAGAACGCCAUAGCAAAUAUAAACGUAAAAGAAAGCGCUACAGUAAUUCAAAGCAACUUGUGGGCACUUUUGAAAAGCGCACGAAAGCUCUUGAUACAGUGAAAGCUGCUAGCAAAGCACGAAAGCUCAAAGGAUUUGAAAAACUUCAACUCUACAAACGGCAUACAAACACAUAUACAGCUUCGGCUUAAGCUUUAAUUUUUAUACAUUCUUACUGUGACUUGUGCCUCGAGCUGGAGCUUAAGUAUAAGAAGCAUAAGAUGUCCGCAUCGCCUGCUACUACUAGUGUCAUCACUUCGAACGAACUUGCCAUACAACAACAACAACAGCUUCAACACCAGCAGCAUCAGCAUCAACAACAAUUACAAACGCACAGCUCCCCCGCGCGCGUCUCCCUACCAGCCGGUGUUACUGUGACCAACGUUGUGACCACAACGUCUGCAGCAGCUGCCGCCAACGCCAACGGUUUAACACUAAUGCAUCGCUCUCCCGAUAGUCCACAGCCCGAGUUGGCCACCAUGACAAAUGUCAAUGUGCUCGAUCUACAUACAGACUCAUCGAAACUCUAUGACAAGGAUGCGGUCUUUAUUUACGAAAGCCCAAAGGUGGUCUUGCCGACAGUGGGCACCGGUGCGACAGUCACCAAUGAUGAGCAUGUGAUUGAUGCACGGAUGGUCGCCCAAUUGAAUGAACAGCAAGCAGCUGUUGCAGCGGCUGCUGCUGCUGCGGCAGCAGCCAAUGAUAAUCAGCCGUUGGCUAAGAUCGAAUUCGAUGAAAAUCAGAUAAUUCGCGUUGUCGGUCCGAAUGGCGAGCAACAACAAAUCAUUUCACGUGAAAUAGUCAACGGCGAACAUCACAUACUGUCACGUAAUGAAGCUGGCGAACACAUACUCACACGCAUUGUAAGCGAUCCGACAAAGUUGAUGCCCAGCGAUAGUGCGGUCGCCGCAGCGAUGUUCAAUCAGGCACAGAAAAUGGCCAAUGAUCAUGGUGUGUAUCAGACAUCGCCAUUGGAUGCCUCAAUGCUGCAGCAUUAUGAGCCAGAUAAUGUCGUUAAGUCAGAGGUGGAUAUAUAUGAUGAUCCGAAGAAACCGCCCGGCAGCAAUGGUGGUGGUCAGCAAAUACUCUACACCACAACUGGUCCGGAUACUGGGAAGCAAUUAUCACAUUUGCCUGUUACCACGAAGCUGGAGACGGAAAUGUAUCCGACAGACAAACAUAUCGAUUUAAUUUAUAAUGAUGGCAAUAAAACCGUUAUAUACACUACCACAACCGAUCAAAAGGGUCUGGAAAUCUAUUCGGGCGGUGACUUGAGUGGCCUGGUUGCCGAUGGGCAGGUGGUAGUGCAAGGUGGAUUGCAGUAUGCCGGCGCUGGAACAGCUGGUGGACAACCGGUCUAUAUAGUAUCCGAUGGUAGCUUGCCACCUGGCGUUGAGGGACAUUUGCAAAGCACACCAACGGCCGGCAACAACAAGUUGAAUGGGCAAACCACACCUCUGGACGUAUCCGGCCUAUCGCAAAAUGAAUUCCAAGGCCUGCUGCUUGGUUCACACCCAUCGGCGGCCGGUGGCAACGGCAACGCAGCCACAACACCAACAACCAUAUCACAGCACUCGGCAAUUGUGGCAGCGGCCACCGCAGCAGCAGCGGCAGCUGGUGGCGCCACAGCUGUAGUGGUCACCGCCGAGCAGCAGCGUCAAGCGCAACAACAACAAGCUCAACAGACGAUCAGCAUCAAACGCGAACCGGAAGAUCUACGCAAGGAGCCGAAAAGCGGCGUCAGCAGCACCAUCGUCGAUGCGACGAACAGCAUCACCAAUGGUGGCGUGAUAAGCGGCACAGCACAUCAUCAGCAGCACGGCGGAACCAAGGUUUUAGUUGUGCAGUCACCGACAUCACCAACACACACGACCAUACAAAUUAAAGAACCGCCAAUUAGUCCUGGAAGCCCAACAACAGACACAAUGUACGCUGCCGGUGGCGGCACACAAAUCUACUUGCAGGGCGCUCAUCAGUCCAAUGCACCCGGUUCCGCUGGCGGUCCAAAUAAUGUGAAUGUCAACGCGCAGACGCCUAGCCCCGGUCCCUACAUCACACCCGACGGUUAUGGCAUGUACACCACGACACGCCUCACUUCGGGCGGCCCCACAUCAACCUUCAUUACAGAGCCUUAUUACCGCGAAUUUUAUACCACAGCCACCACGGCCGACACACAGACUGGCUAUGGACAGGCGCCACGUAACAUUGUGUAUGGCGGUGCUGAGAGCGAGCCACCACAUCCGGGCACUACGUAUGAGGGACGCUUCACCACGUCCGCAGCACCCGUGACCAGCAUGCCAUCGCACACCGCAGCCAAUACGGGCGCAAUGAAGAACGGUACACCAGUGUAUGCUAAGACCAUCACGGCUGCUGGUCUGACCGUGGACUUGCCGAGUCCGGAUUCGGGUAUUGGCGCUGAUGCGAUAACACCAAGGGAUCAAAAUAAUAUACAUCAGUCUUUCGACUACACAGAGCUUUCUGGCACAUUAUUGGACAGCAAUGGCGGCAUUCCAGUUUCGGUGAAUAGCAUACAACGCGGCGCCGUGAGCGUCCAUGGACAAAAUAGCCCGACCACAUCGUUGGGCGGCUCGACGCCGAAUGGCGCUACACGCUCGAGGCCAUGGCAUGAUUUUGGACGACAAAAUGAUGCGGAUAAAAUACAAAUACCAAAAAUCUUCUGCAAUGUCGGCUUCCGCUACCAUCUGGAGAGUCCAAUCAGUUCAUCACAGCGACGCGAAGACGAUCGCAUCACAUACAUCAACAAAGGACAAUUCUACGGCAUCACUUUGGAAUAUGUGCCCGAUCCAGAUAAGCCCAUCAAGAACACAACUGUCAAGAGCGUUAUUAUGCUGAUAUUCCGUGAAGAGAAGAGCCCCGAUGAUGAAAUCAAAGCUUGGCAAUUCUGGCAUAGCCGGCAACAUUCGGUUAAACAGCGCAUUUUAGAUGCAGAUACGAAGAAUUCCGUCGGUCUAGUUGGCUGCAUCGAGGAGGUCUCCCACAAUGCCAUCGCUGUCUAUUGGAAUCCGCUGGAGAGCUCCGCCAAGAUCAACAUCGCCGUCCAGUGCCUGAGUACGGACUUCAGCAGCCAAAAGGGAGUUAAGGGUCUACCGUUGCACAUUCAAAUCGACACAUUCGAGGAUCCGCGCGAUGCUCAGGUCUUCCAUCGAGGCUACUGCCAAAUUAAGGUCUUCUGCGAUAAGGUAAGCGCAAACACACAACUAUUAUUGCUAGUUGCAUGCAACUACAAGCGAG